AUGGUGGAUAUAUCCGAAGAGAAAGCGUUCGAUACGGUGCGGUCUCCGUCCAUCCCGGACAAACCAUCCGUGGUCCAGGCAAAACAGGACCCGCAUGAUGAUGCUUACAUCCCUAUCGACGCUCACGCCGAACGCAAGCUGGUCCGCAAACUGGACUUGUACAUCAUCCCAGUCGUGAUGUUGCUCUACCUCCUCUCCUUCCUCGACCGGGUGAACAUUGGAAACGCUCGCCUAUACCACCUGGAGGAGGAUCUCUCCAUCACCUCGCAGCAAUUCAACACGGCCGUCUCGGUUCUCUUCGCGACCUACAUCGCCUCCGAGCUCCCCUCCAACCUCGUCCUGAAAGCCUUCCGCCCUUCCCGCUGGAUCAGUUCCAUUACCGUCGCAUGGGGCGUCAUCGCGAUGGCCAUGGGUUUCGUGAAUUCAUACCCGUCGCUCAUCGCCUUGCGUCUUCUUUUGGGCGCCGUCGAGGGCGGCCUGUUUCCGGGUCUGGCCAUCUAUCUCACACUCUUUUACACCAAGAAAGAGCUGGCUCUCCGCAUCGGCUACCUUUUUGUCUCGGCCGCUCUCGCCGGGGCAUGUGGUGGUCUCCUUGCCUUCGCCAUCGGGGGCAUGGAUGGCACUGAAGGUAUGUCCGGCUGGCGGUGGAUUUUCAUCAUCGAAGGCCUGCCAACCAUUGUGCUGGGCAUUGCGGUUUGGUGGCUCCUUGCGGACGAUCCGCAGACCGCGUUCUACCUGAACGCGGAGGAAAAACGGUUGAUGGACCGACGACGCGCCCAGCAAGAGGGCCACACGAGGAGUGCCGAGGAAUUCCAUUGGGCCGAUGUACGCAAAGGACUGAAGGAUUGGAAGGUGUGGGCGUUCUGCAUCGCCCUGUUUGGCUGCGAUACGAUGUUGUACGGUUACAGCACGUUUCUGCCGACCAUCAUUGCGGCGUUGAAUCCUAGCUGGUCUAACUCAUUGGUCCAGGUGUUGACGAUCCCUUGCUAUGCGCUGGGAGCCGUCACAUAUCUGGUUGUCGCGUGGCUGUCGGAUCGCCAGCAAAGAAGAGGCUUGUAUACCUGUAUCUUUGGGCUGGUCUCGGUUGUCGGAUAUGCGUUACUGUUGAGCCCACAAAGCGCUGGUGUUCACUACACGGGUUGUUUUUUGGUAGCGAUGGGCCUCUAUGUCGUUGUCGGGUUGCCGCUGGCAUGGCUGCCAGCAAAUUGUCCACGCUAUGGAAAGCGCACUACUGCGACGGGACUCCAGCUAUCAAUAGGGAACUGCGCAGGUAUACUGGCUAGCUUUUUGUACCCUAAAAACCAAGGACCCCGGUAUAUUCGAGGCCAUGCGGUUACGCUGGCAAUGGUUCUUUGGGGUGUCCUAGUAUAUGCUUGCUUGUGGUUUUAUUUUGCACGGGAGAAUCAGAAGCGAAUUUCCGGAGAAGCCGAUGCUCGUAUCGCGGACAUGUCGACAGAGGAAGUCGCUGAGCUGGGCGAUGAGAGCCCGAAGUUCUUGUAUACCACUUAA